CCUGCUUGGCGGCGAGGCUGUAAUGCCAAGGUGUUGUAGCUAUGCUGUCACUGCACAACGCGGCGGAGCCAGGUUAUGAAUCUUGAUGACAAUGGGAGGGCGACUGAGGCAUUCACCUUGCGCUAGUCCGUCAAGUAGACAGAGUGAGUGUCACUCUCACUGCCUCAAGAUUUUGCGGAAUUAUUAGCAUUCAGAGCGCAAAGACUGCACCUGGACUUCCCGCAACACUUCUUCUCACCUUCCGUACAAGCUUUCGUCGUUGAGGUCUGUCAAGAGGGAUCUCACAUACCUGUGCUGCUCAUUAUCAAACGCGCUCUUUCGUGGCUCCGUGGUCCUGUUCGCCAUCUCAUUACCUGAUUCGAAACAUCGUUGAUAGUCAAGAUGCCUCUCAAGGGAACCAGACACAAGCAGAAGCAGACCAAGAGAGGGGUGGGGGAUAUCAAAGACAAGGGCUUGCGCCGCAAAUUCGAUGAGAUGAAUGUUGCUGGUCCUACGGCCGAAGCUCAACCUCAAACUGAUACUCGUGAACCAGCAACCAAUGUCGAGAUUUCGCAGUUCCCCUUGUAUGAGACAUGGGAGACCAUAGAAGAGGAGGAGAGAGAGGCAAUCAUCAAGACACACAAGAUCCGCACUGGUCCUAUCGCCUUCGUGCCAGAGUAUCUUCCUGUCCAAGUCCACGUUGCCGCCCCGAUAGCUGGCCGUUUCACUCGCGAAAUUGAGUCCGAUAUCGUCGCAUGCAACACCCUCGAAGCCGUGAGGGACAUUGUCAAGAACAGCCUCAUCUUUGAGCUCAAGCGUACCAACAUCAAUGCGGCUCGUACCAAGUUCGCUGGUGUCAUGAUCUAUGGUCCGACCAACGAGUUCACCAAGGCAACUAUCCACAAGUAUACGCGCGGUCUCUUCCUCGAUCCUGUCGCGUUCAAGAAGUGGUGGCUCACCGUCAACAUGGCCAAGCGCGCUGAUGGCGACAUGGUCAAGAUAGGCGUUGUCUUGUGCGAUGUCGAUGAAGCGUUCGCCAAGAAGAAGGACCUUCCAGACUUUUGGACGGAACCAAACGCCCGCAUCCUUGGUAAAUUCCUGGACGGCCUCGACCUGCCAGACUGGGAUUCGGACAUUGAGCAGGGUUGCCGCUCGUACGUCAAGAUGCAGCAACAAGUUCAAGAAGCUCGAUUGGAAGCGGCGUACGCUGGCGGCGAUUGCAAGGUCGAUAAGAAGCGCCUUGAGGCAGAAGUCGCCCGCCUGAAGAAGGCCAACGAUGCCCUAGUCGCUGCCAUCACGGAGGGUGACAUGGAGAAAGCGGUUAGCGUGGCGACUGCAGGAAAGAAGAGCAUCAAGGGCAAGGAGAAGGCGGUUGUCGAUGACGACGAGGACGACGCUGGCGAGGACGAAGAUGAGGAGAUGGAAGGGCCGGUGAGCGACUCCAGCGACACUGACUAUGUGGAGUAAAGGGCCAC